AUGACGACUUCUUCUCUGAAAAUUGACGGUCUUCUUGGCAUGGUGACUCUCUGUCUCAAAGAGGUGAUCGCUGAAUCGAAGCAACAAGAGGACAACUUCUUGAAGUGGCGAUAUCAACUGGAAUCUGUCCUUGAAGGUCAUGAUCUUUUUGUUUAUUUCGAUGGAUCUGUGAUUCCUCCGUCGAAGUUUGCAAUUCUGGACGAAGAAGGUGUUACUUCUGAAGUCACCGCAACGUAUAAGGAAUGGCUAAAGAUUGACAAAGCCUUACUCAGUUUCUUGAUUGCGACGCUGUCUGAUGAUGCCAUCGAAUAUGUAAUUGGGAGCAAGACUUCUCGUGAUGCCUGGUUAAGCCUUAUAGAUCGGUACGCCACUAUCUCUAGAGCUCGAAUCAAUCAACUUAAGACUGAGCUCCAAACAGCUCAGAAAGGUGGAGACUCCAUUGAUAAAUUCCUCCUUCAUCUCAAGCACAUCAAGGAUCAGUUGGCGAUCGCUAGUGUUCAAGUAUCGGAUGAUGAUCUCAUGAUUUCCGUGCUCAAUGGCCUUCCUUCUGAGUAUGGCAUGAUAAAGAUUGUCCUUGUGGCUCGUGAAACAUCAAUAUUGUUUAAGGAUUUCCGUACUCAACUUCUCGCUGCAGAACAAGCUGCUGAGGCUCGAGUUUCAUCUAUUCAUUCACCAAUGGUGGCGAUGAUUAGUCGGACAUCACCUGUUGUUCCUAAUCCUGGUGCUAGUAUUCUUCCUACACCUCCAUCUGCAUCUUUUUCCUCUCAUAGUGGUCACUCUGUGCAAACCCAUUCCUCUGGUCAUAUUUCUCAUACUGGCCAAGGCAAUUUUUCUGGCAAUCGCUCAUUCGAUCGUGGUGGUGGUUUUCAAGCCUCACCCUCAUCUUCUACUGGAUACCUCAAAAGUGGCGUAGUCCCUGAGUGCCAAAUCUACCAAAAACGUGGACAUACAGCGGUGAACUGUUACCACAGGAACUCUUCCUCACAACAUUCAGCAUCUUCCUCCGUUAUUGAGUGCCAAAUUUGUGGCAAACAUGGUCACGGUGCCCUUGACUGUUAUUAUCGCUCAAACUAUGUCUACCAAGGCUCUUCUCCUCCUGCUACACUCACAGCCAUGACAACUCAAGCACCUUUCUCUAACGAGUCUGUCUGGAUUGCUGACAGUGGGGCGAGUCAUCACAUGGUGCCAAGUGUUACUCAUUUGGACUCUGCCACUCCAUGUCGUACUACAGAUUGCGUUACUAUUGGAAAUGGGGCGGGUUUGCCUAUUGAGCAUAUUGGCAAUGCACAUGUUUCUAAUGCUUCUUCUACAUUAAACCUAUCGAAUGUGUUUCAUGUCCCUCAACUCACUGUUAAACUACUCUCUAUGCAUCAAGACCAGUUUUCCAAGAGAGUGCUUCUCAAGGGCAGGAGCAGUAAUGGAUUGUAUCCAAUUCCCAAUGCAUCCCAUCUCUCUUCUCCGUCUCAGGCCGUAGCAUAUCUUGGUCAGCAAAUAAAGUCUUCUGCAUGGCACAGUAGGUUAGGACAUCCUACCAAUGACAUUGUUCAUACUAUGCUCAAGUCUGCCAAUUUACCUAUUCUAGUAGAUUCCCCAAUGCAUAGUGAUGGGGGUGGGGAGUAUAUGAGUACUCAAUUCAAGGAUUUUCUCCUUACUCACGGAGUUAUUCAUCAAGUUUCACAUCCUUAUACUCCUCAGCAAAAUGGUCUAGUUGAGAGAAAGAAUAGACAUUUAGUUGAAACUAUGAUUACUUUGUUAGCUGUAGCUUGUCUUCCUCAACAGUUUUGGUUUCAUGCAAUUGCACAUACGGUGUUUCUGAUCAAUCGAAUGCCUAGUAAGGAUAUAAGGGCAUUCUUUGUUAUAAUGUUCUUACUAGAAAGAUGGCUAUAUCUAGAAAUGUGGUUCAUGAUGAAACUGUGUAUCCUUUUCAACCUAUCAUGGCAUCAAGGUUUGUUACUUGUUCAACCUUUAGCGGGUAAUUCUUCUUCUGCACCAGUUCUAGUUCCCUCAAUCUUGGCUUCCCCAAGUCUUCCUCUUCCCAUAGACCCUAACAUCUCAUCUCCUUUAACUCCUCCUGAUACAUCCUCUGCCCAGGUUUCUUUGCCUAUUCUGUCUGAGCAUCAGUUAGAGGUUUUAUUACCACCAAGUUCAAGGCCUGCCUCUCCAAGUAUGAAUUUAGAAUCUUCUUCCUCUACUUCUUUACCUGCAGCAAACUCUCAUUCUAUGCAGACUAGAUCUAAAUCUGGGAUACACACACCAAAACCUUUUUUCGACUAUCAUUGUUAUAGCACUAGUUUGUCGGAUGCUUUAGAGGAGCCUACUAGUUAUCGAGUCACUUCUUACUCCUCAGAAUGGACUAAAGCCAUGCAAGAUGAAAUCGAUGCUCUCCAUAUGCAAGGAACUUGGGAAUUGGUGCCUCAUCCAAUGAAUAAGAAUGUGGUAGGUAGUAAGUGGAUCUACAAGAUAAAGAGGAAUUCAAAUGGGACUGUAGCCAGGUACAAAGCAAGGUUGGUGGCUCAAGGUUUUAGCCAAGAGCCUGAAUUUGACUACUCAGAAACUUUUAGUCCAGUAGUGCGCCACUCUACUGUCUGA